AUGAGCAAUUUCAACAACACAAAUUACUUUGCCAUUGCUAGUGAGGCUUCUUCAAAGAAGUACGAUGCUGCCUUGACCGAGUUCAACUCGAUAUUUCUUGCCGGAAGAGAAUUCUUUUCGACUGUAGCUAUUCGUGAAGCCGUUAAGGCAUAUGGGGCUAAGCACAAUAUUAUAUUCACCACUUAUUCUUCUUCAAGCACCCGUAUAAGAAUGAUCAGUAAACCCUAUGGUGAAUAUAGAAACACUGAAAAGGCCGAGAAAGUUGUUUCAGAAGCCUCUGUCAACCAAGAAAUCCCUCUUCCUGGGUGGGAGAGACAACGUAAAGACGGAAAGAUUGUAGCCCACUCCUGCAAGAUAAAGUAUAAUCAUGCAAUUGUGGAAGACCGUAGAGCAUAUUUCAUCCAUCAAAAACUCUUACCUGAGGUCAUGACUCUUGUUACGAAGCACCUGGAAGACAAUGAUGAUAUCUUGACUUCCAGCUCAUAUACAGUUGGUAAUAGUGAGGGCAACAAUAUAAGCAUGGUCUUCUUUUUCCAUGAAGAUACGAUUGGCAAUGCUAGACGAAUGCCUGAGACAAUUGUGACCGAUGCGACAUAUAAGAUAAAUAGCUAUAGAAUUACUUAUGUCAACUUUUUUGGUAUCAGCAAUGUCAGUGGAGAUAUUCGUACCACUUUAAAGACAUUUACAAUUACUGGUCCUUGGGUGGAACAGGAGACAAUAGACAACUGUCUCUGGGUACUUGGCUGUCUGCGUGAUGCAUUUUGGCUAGAUGUCAGUGAUAGCAGCAGCAACAGCGAAAACAACCAUAACAGCACAACCACAACAACAGCUCUUCUCCCAAGGGCGUUUAUUACUGAUAAUGAGAAAUCAUUGAGAAAUUCAAUUACAGGUGCUUUCCCUGAGUCUAAAAAACUCGUGUGCUCUAAGUGCAUUAAAGAUAAUUUUAAGAAGUAA